UUAUUACGGGCCAUCGGUCUCGGCGUGCUAUUUACAUUGGUGGAUUUUUUAUUCAUGAGCUUGAAUUGUUUGGUUUUUUUCUAAAUUUUUGGAGUAAAUUAUUUUUCCUUCUUUCUCAUUCUUUAAUUCAACCAAUAAUCGACAUAAGCACAAUUCAAAAUGGGCCCUGGAUCGAUGACAUCAGUGAUUCAGGUGACCAAUGUAGCGCCGGUUGUCACAAAUGAACAGCUUCGAACAUUAUUCACGAAUGUUGGCCCGAUACGCGAAUUUGUUUGUUAUCCAACAAGUGAUCCGUCACAGCAGAUAUCACGUGUUUGUUAUGUUCGAUUUGCCGAUGCAAUGAAUGUUUGCGUUGCACAGCAUCUAACGAAUACCGUAUUCAUCGAUCGAGCCAUUAUGGUUAAGCCAGUUCACGAUAAUCGUAUACCUGACGAAGCGUUAGCAUUAAAAUUAGCCAAUGAAGGCCAUCUUCAGAAUAGCAGUAAUAAUGGUGUCGUUUCACAAAUCGAAACAGUAAAUGGUGUUCAAUCGAUUACAACAAUUGACCCACGUCUAAAUGCAUUAGGCUUGCCACAAUAUCCACCGUUAUCACCAAGUUUAGAUCCGGCUAAAAUAGAAGAAAUUCGUCGUACCAUUGUCGUUUCAAAUGUCAAUAAACAGACAACACCAGAACAAUUAUUGGAAUUUUUUAAUCAAUUCGGUGAAGUUAAAUAUCUACGUAUGACAACUGAUGAAAAUGAUGUUAUUAAAUCAGCAAUGAUCGAAUAUACGGAUCAAUCAUCAGUGGCAAAUGCUUUACAAAAUACUGGAAUAACAUUCCAAGGAUCUCAAUUGAAUCUUACUCAUGCAUCAACCAGUAUACUCAAACCACAAUAUAAAAUCAAUGGUAUGCAAAAAUAUUUAUUAUUUAACAAAAAAAUAUUUGACACUUGUUUCAAAUUUUUAGUUGAUCCAAGUAAAUUUCCUGAGACUCGAGAUCUGGUACCGAAACCAAAACGAUCACGAUCAAGGUCGAUUGGAAGAAGCCGUUCAAGUCGAUCCCCUAGCCGUAGUCGAAAAAGUAGUCGAAGAUCGCGAACACCAAGCCAUCGCUCACGUGACCGUAAACGUUCAUCGAUUUCUCGUUCACGAUCACCGAUUCGUAGAUCAAGUCGUCGUUCUCGAUCACGUGAACGACGUGAGCGUUCACCAUAUUCUUCAUCAUCAAGACGUAGAUCUUCACGUGAUCGUUCGUUUUCACGGGAACGAAUACGUAGUAGCCGACAUGAACGAUCCAAAGAUCGAGAUCGUGAUCGUCGUCGUUCAAGCCGAGAUCGAAGUAUGGAACGGCGGCGAAGUUAUGAUCGAGAAAGAGAUCGAAGUACUCGAGAUCGAGAACGUGAACGUUCCGAACGAGAUCGUAAAAGACACGAUCGCAUUCGAGAAGAAAAAGAUUAUGGCCAUGAACGUAUUCAUGGUCGUGUUGAACGAGAGAGAUCAAAAAAACGAAGCCGUAGCAGAGAAUCCGAACGAAAUCGAUUACUGGAGCGACGAGAUCGACGAAAAGAUGGCGUCGUUAGCGCUAUGUCUAGUGGUCUGAUUGAGCGUCAUGAUCGGCAUAAUCGUUCGCGGUCACGAUCUGGUUCGCGAAUAAAAAUAAUGAAAUCACCGUUGACCGGUAACAGUCAAGAGGAAGAUGAAGCAGCAAUGAUAAUGAUGAUGAACAAACAUGAACAUGAUGAUAAAUUAAUGAAUCGUACGGAAAGUGAUGAUAAUAUGGAUUUAGUUGAUGAUGAUGAUGAUGACCAUUCCGAUAAUAUUUCUCGUUCAUCUUCACUACAUACAAAUAAUGAUGGACAACAGUCACAACAAAAUGAACUGGAACGAAUGACAAUAAUAAAAACGCCAGAACCAGAAAAAGUUCUGGCUGAUAGCGAUGAAGAUCUAGGCCGUGCGGAUAUGGACAUGGAUGAUGAUGAAGAAAAUGAUGAUGCCCCUGCUGAUAAUCAUCAUCAUCAUCUUAAUGACGAUGAUGUUGAUGAUGAUGACGUUGAAAAUGGUCCAUUACCACCGUCAUCGAUUAGUACGAAAAAUAGCAGAAACGAAAUGGUCCCUUCGGAUAAACAUCAUCAUAGACACCAUCAUCAUCAUCAUCGUCGUUCAUCACCAAUACCACCUCCAUUACCCCCUUCAUCGUCUCGUCAUCGAUCGUCUUCUUCAUCUCAGCAUCAUCUUAGUAGCAAAAGUAGUCGACAUUAUAAAAAAAUCGGAACUACGGGACAUCAUCGUUAUGAUUCAGAUGAUGAUAAAUAUUGAUCGUAUAGCAUGAAAUGAAAGUUGUUUAAUUCAUUCUAUUUAAAUUAAUGAAUCGUAUUCAAAAAUGUUCCGCUCACAGGCACACAUACAUACAAAGAUAUUAUAAAAAAAACAAAG